UCAAAAUGGCAGCAAUCCCUUGUGUUGUGGACCAUGGCAUGGACACCAAAAUACAUGCGUAUGGGUAUGACCAGUGCGUGACUGUGUGUGUUUGUAAAGAGCCCUUUAAAAAGCCUUCUCUACCAUUGCUGCUGCUGCUGCUGUUGCUGUUUAAAAUAUAUUCUUCAUCACCUCCUGAAAAUCCCUUUUGGAGAAGAAGGGUAAAGGAGAUGAAGAUGAAGAAGAGCUAUCAACAUUGCAGAAUGCUAAAACUACCAAGAUUCCCCCUGCAUUGCUCUGUUUUGCUCAUGCUUUUUACCAUUUUUAGCAUCCCAUCUCAAGCAUUUGAUUAUGCAGAUGCACUUUCAAAAUCCCUUCUGUACUUUGAAGCACAGAGGUCCGGUCGCUUACCAUACAACCAAAGAGUCUCUUGGCGUCACCAUUCUGGCCUAACAGAUGGAUUAGAACAAGGGGUGGACUUAGUUGGAGGCUACUAUGAUGCAGGUGACCAUGUCAAGUUUGGAUUGCCAAUGGCAUUCACAGUGACAAUGUUGUCAUGGGGUGUUAUUGAAUUUGGGCAACAAAUUGAAAUGGCUGGAGAAAUGGAGCAUGCUCUUGAGGCAAUCAAAUGGGGUGCUGAUUAUUUCAGCAAGGCACACACUAGACCUAAUGUACUAUGGGCUGAGGUUGGAGAUGGAGAUACUGAUCAUUACUGCUGGCAACGGCCGGAAGACAUGACGACGUCCCGACGAGGGUACAAGAUCGACGAGAAAAAUCCCGGGUCGGAUCUCGCCGGAGAGACGGCAGCUGCAAUGGCUGCAGCAUCAAUUGUGUUUAGGAAAAUCAACUCACAUUAUUCUCACCUACUAUUGCAGCAUGCUCAAGAGUUGUUUGAAUUUGGUGACAAGUACAGGGGAAAAUACGAUACAAGUGUGGGAGUGGUGAAGGACUAUUAUGAAUCAGUGAGUGGGUUCAUGGAUGAGUUAUUGUGGGCAGCCUUGUGGCUAUACAAAGCCACCGACAAUGAAGAUUAUUUGAAGUAUGUUAUUGACAAGGCUCAUUGUUUUGGUGGCAUUGGCUGGGCUAUUACUGAAUUCAGUUGGGAUGUUAAGUAUGCUGGUCUUCAAAUUAUUGCCUCAAAGUUACUCCAUGAAGAAAAGCACAGGCCGCAGUACACUCACAUUCUUGAGCAAUAUAGAUCAAAAGCUGAGUACUACAUCUGCUCAUGUGUAAGCAAGAACAAUGGCAGCAAAAACAACAUUGACAGAACUCCAGCAGGGCUCUUAUACAUCAGGCAAUGGAACAACAUGCAAUAUGUUUCAUCAGCAGCAUUUCUACUAACAAUCUACUCAGAUUUUCUCCAAAAAUCCCAUCGAAAAGUUAAGUGUCAUGGAGGACUUGUAGGGCAUCAAGAACUUAUCAACCUUGCCAAAUCCCAAGUGGACUACAUUUUGGGGUCCAAUCCACAAAACAUGAGCUAUCUUGUGGGCUAUGGCCUUAGGUUUCCAACUAGGGUGCACCAUAGAGGGGCCUCAAUUGUGUCUUAUAAAGAGAAUAAAGGGUUUAUUGGGUGCACCCAAGGGUAUGAUAAUUGGUAUAGCAAUCCUAAACCAAAUCCCAAUGUCAUAGUUGGGGCAUUAGUUGGAGGUCCUGAUUGCCAAGACAAUUUUAGUGAUGAGAGGGGAAAUUAUAUGCAGACAGAGGCUUGUACAUAUAAUACAGCACCAUUGGUUGGAGUUUUUGCUAGGUUGAAUGAGCUACAAGUUCCUUUAAGAGCUUCAUACUAGAGAAACAAAUAGUAGAAGGUAUUAAACAUCUCAUAAUUAACUAUAUAUGCUUUGUGGCUUGCAAGAUUUAGGUCCCUUACAAUUGAGCCUUGUUGUAUAUCUCUUCAACUGUCCAUCUUAAUGGAAAUUAUUUACUUA